AUGAACCACGUUCUGGGAGACCUGCAGAUCGUCGUUGAACGACAUUCCGACGUUCUCCGGAACAAUGCGCUCCCUUUCAGAGUUCUGAUCGUCUUGAGGGCUUUGGGUGGGAAUUAUCAAGUUUCGAAAAUGAAUAAUUCAAGUUUUGCAGGCUUUUUGCUGUCGUAUUUGCCGUUCACCCGUGUUUUAUUGUGGCUCAGGCCUUACCAGCUGUUUUCCAUCGAGGUUUUGUUAUUAUUUUUGUUCACCUGUUGAUAUUAUUUGAAAAUUCUUAGUAGUAUCCCUUUUUAGCUAUUUUAUAAGUUCAUGAACAGUAUUGAUUUUUUAUUUUGAGGUCUGGCGACUGAUAACGACAGCAUUUUGUGGGAAUAACGUGCUAGAAUUAGUCUGGACUGUGUGGAGUUUGCACCUGGGUACAAACUUGGCACGGCAAAACAACACAAAUGAAGCGCUUCUCAAGCUUUACGCCAUCACUCAGGUUUUCGAGACCUUUUAAAGUUGCUCCUUUAAACAAACAUUAUUGAAAAUCGAUAGGAUGAAUACAGUUUAAUGUGUUAACUGUUUUUGUAAUUUUUUUUUAUUUUGCUUUUUUACGAGUUUACUGGUUGUUUUAAGCUCUAUUUUGUCAACCGCGAAGUAAAGCUCGAGGUUAAAAAGUUGGAAACCUUCCCAGAAGCAUUUUGUGACAUUUUAGGUUGAGAUUUUACUCAAAUUUAAUGAUUGAUUUUUCUAAGUUCUGAUCAUUUUUUAGGCCGUCACAACAGUGAGCAUUUGCGCAAUAUCCUACGCGAGUUACGUGUUUUUCGGCCACACGUGGCUUUUGUACGACGAGCCGGUCGUUGGCUUGGUUCCAGUUUGUGCCGCCGUUCUUGUCCUCAUCAAGCAGGUUAGAUUAUUCUUGUUUUUCGUACAGGAAAACCCUUUCUUUCUUUGUAGAUUAAUCAAAAAAGUCUGUAGCUUUUUGUCUUUUCUAACAUGAUAUUGAAAAAAUUUAGAAAUUUCCCUCAAAAAAACCGUUAACUUGCAAAAUUUUCCACGUUUUUCAGUACCCCAAUGAGCUGGAAACGUUGCGACAGCAUGAAUAUAUCAAAAAUAUUUUCUGAAAAAAGCGAAAAUUACAAAUUUUUUCAAUUUCCAGUCUCCUCACCGUAACAAAUCGAAAGAUGUGCUAGAAAACAUUGAAAGUUUUUUUCCGAAAAAGUCAAAAAAUUACAUAUUUAUUCACGUUUUCCAGUAUUCAGAUGAGCAGGAAAUCUUUGAAACGCUAAAAAAAUAUUAAAAGUCUUUUUCGAAAAAAAAAUCAAUAGUUUCAUAAUUUCUAAAGUUCUACAGUCCCCUAAUGAGCAGGAAAUUUUUUUAAUACGCUUGACAAUAUUGAACAUUUCUCUUGAAAAGUCCAAUUUACAUAAUUUUCCAAUUCUCAGUCUUCUAGUGCGUGAGGAAUGUUUUAAAAAAGAAGAAAAAUGUUGAAUAUCUUUUCCGAAAAGAGUCCCCUAAUGAGCAGGAGAAGUUUAAUCAGCUAGAAAAUUUCGAAAGUAUUUUUCGAAAGGCACAAUUUGCAUAUUUUUCUCGAUUUUUCCGUUUCCUAGUGAACACGAAACGUUUCAUACAUGAAAAAUGUCUUACGACAGUGAGCAGGAAAUUUUUUUAAUACGCUAGAUAAUAUUGAAAAGUUCAAAAUUUUUAACUCAUCAUUUUCUUCAGUUCUUGCCGGACACCAUUUUCUUCGGGACGCCUUUGGGUCGCGUCAAAUAUACACAUCUUCCAUUUUUGGCGAUCGUUCUCUCUGCAGUCGCAUCUUUCACCAGAAUUUGCAAUUAUGUGGGUUUCGACGAGCCUUCUUGAACUUAAAAGUUAGAGGAACUAAUUUUUAUUUCUUUGAGCUGAUUAGAUACUUUAGAGUUAUGAGAGAAAAAAGCGGGAAAAAUGAUUCUAUGAAUGAAAAAACCUGUUCAAUAACAAUAUACUCAAGAGCUCCGGAGUGGUUUCUCAGAUGCAAUCUUAGGGUUCUUGAAGGUUCCCCUCUAGGGGCCACUAAAACUUUAGGGGGCAUGCUAGUCGAUUAUCGUUGAGUCCACAAAGGGUGAUUUGAUUAAGUUUCUCAUUUUAAUUUUAAAAUCAGAACAAACAUUUGAAAAAUUCUCUAAGGACCACUUGAACUUUAGGGGCUCAGUGGUCAACCGAACUUCUAUAGAGAUCACUCAAUUUUUUUUUGAGGGGCACUUUUUUGUACUGUAUGGGUGCUGUUUUUCUUGAACCCCUAUAGGGAUCACUAUGGCGUUCCUAAGUAUAGCACCUUCAACAAUAUUAUCUUUCAAGGAAAGGCUCUAAUUUUCCUAAAGAAGUCAAAGAAUCCUUCGAUUUAAGGUGACUUCUCUUCAAUGCCUCAUCGGAGUCCAAGUCGCCUGGACCUACCUGCGAUUUUUCAACCCGAACGAAAUGGACGCGGCGGUCGGCGACGGCAGUGAACAUUUCACCUGGGCCAGGUUUUUCGAGCGCCUCUUUCAAUGGUUUAAUUAGCCUACUUCAGCUUGUUCCCGUCACGAACUCAGCCCAUUUUCACGGUGAUCGGUCGUGUCACCUUCCGUUCCCUUGUCAAGUUUGGCGUCUGUAGGAGACAGGUAUUUUGCCUUUUCUUGUUAAGUUAUUAUAGUUUUAUUUUCAGUAUCGUUUCGUGAGCUCGAUAGUUUUUUUUGAGCCCUUAUUUAAAACUACAAAUUAUUGAUGAAAUGAAUAGUAAAGGCAUUUUUCGUAGGUUUUUUUGAAUAGUGCUAUGAAAAAAAUGAAUAUCGAAAAGUUUCAAUUUUCUUCGAGUUUCUCAGGAAUCGCUCCACAUUUUUUUGAGGGAAAAGUUUGUCUCUCUUAUUCGGAAAAAAAUCUUCUUAUUCAGUUCUACAAUAAAUUGAUAAACUUCAAGAAACAUCAAACUAUAAAUAAGUUUGAAUAAAAAAAUUAUUUUUUUAGGUUCGACACGUUGACCUGAACUCGCUCCAGUCGGUCGCAGUUGGUAUAAAUCUGCCAGCCAUUGAAACUUCAGCUCGAGACGCCGAGAGAAGAAGGUUGGCUUUUUGAAAGACGAAACAGAAAAUUUUUGAGAUGUUAACGAGAACAUUUGAAGUUAUUUCGAAAAGAAAAAGCUUUUGACGAACUAAAAGUCCAAACGAGUAGUUGAUUAUGUCGAAAUUUUGGUCUUUCGGUCUUUCGCCUCUUUCGUCUGCACGUAGUCCAUUCAGUUAACCCUUGGAGGUCUCAGAAUAUGGCGGAGUUUUAUCUGAGGCGCAGAAGCCGUGCUUUAGGUUGAGCUUGGGCGAGGGCCGGUCCGUCUGUCUAUCGGCCUCUUAGCCAUUUUGUAAGCUUUACUCAGUCCGGCCUUUAUGAGGCCUCAAGAGAGAUGCCCCAGGCUCAAAGGCCGUAAACUUUUUUUUUCAUGACCAUUAUCAGAUUUGUUUACGGCAGAAGUCCCGUCUUUGAUUAAUUUUUCAUUUGAAAGGUAACAGAGACUACGUCUUGGAACUUUUUGGAAAUUUGAAAUUUUAUUUGAAGCCUAGCCUGACUCAAUCCUCGCCAGGAGCCUGGUCUGGUUUAAGCCUUCGAAAAAAAAUGAGUCAUAAAAUCCGGCGUAGGCCUUACAAACAAGCCUGCUCUAGUUAGAAGUAUCGAAAGGAAAAAGACCAUUCCGAGUGUAGGCUUUACUCAGAAAUCUUUUUAAGAAACCCCUUUUAAAGUUUUAAUGUUAUGAUUUUCAGACAGAAAGCCCUGCGUGAGCUCAACGAGCGACUCAACAAAGUGAGGAAAACCGACGCGACCGGGUACGUCAAUUGGGACGAGGAUGACGUCGAUACGGCCAAGUCUCAGGUCGAAGCAGCUGAACAGGUAGGUGAAAUUAGAUUUAGGUUCAAAAAUAGGGGAACAAUGGAUUUUUGAUAAUUUAUCGUGAAUUUUGAUCAAGUUCCAGAUUAUGCAUAGAAGUUCUUCAGAGAAAUGAACGAUCAAUUAAAAAAAUUGAUGGUUUCGUUGAUUUUUGUGAUUUCAUUGUUCUGAUCGUACAGUGUUUCUUCCAUCAUCCAUUUUCUCUAGUGUAAAUUUUCUGACCUCUCACUCUUUAGAAAAUAUGGAAGUUUUGAACUUUGAAGACAUUUUUCCAAAAUGAAGCGUUUUCAGGCCGAAAAUCCCUCGUCUCCCCAACCUUCGUCCUCUCGUCAGGAGGAGGAGACCUCAGAUCAGAGAAAUGUAUCGAAUCAGCAAUAA